CGCGCCCAGUUUAACACAGUAACCCUUCGAAAGCGAGCCGUGAUUUAGAAUAGAAUAGAAUAGAAUAGAAACCUUGGAGGUCUUCUAGUCCAGCCCCCUGCUCAAGCAGGAGAACCUGCCACCAGAAUUGGUUGCUACGGAACGUCACUCAAACCGCCCCGUUUCACGCGGACGGUGACGGGCAGCGGCCAUCUUACGAAAGUCUUUGGCGCGCGGGAUAGCUGGGGCUUCGUCGCAGCAGCUUUGGAAGAAUGCCUCCCAAGGGGCGGAAAAGGAAGGCAGCGAUCCCUCAAGCAGAAGCCACAGCAUCCAGUGGAGAGGGAGCCAAUGAUGUGAAGAAAUUGCCCAAGAUUCGGAAGAAUGAAGGACCUGGAGACCUUCAUGUGACAAUUGAGCACUGUAAAAGCUGACGAGUCUUUGGACGUAGAGCUGAGGCUGUCAGCCAAGAGCUGGGCCUGGCCUUUCCUGACAUCCUUGUGGAGAUCAACCUUGAAAAGCCCCGGAGAAAUAGCUUUGAAGUGGUUCUCUUGAAAAAAGAUGGCACCAAGACAGAGCUAUGGAGUGGUCUUAAAAAAGGGCCACCCCGCAAACUGAAAUUCCCAGAACCCAGCAACAUCGUUGAAAUGGUGAAGCACAACUUAAACUAAAGUCAACAAUGAUGGAAUAGGAGCAAAGUCCUCUACGACUGUCCGUUUGUCCUGUGAGCUGGAGCAUUUAUGAUGAGAUAUGAUGAAGUGGGGUAAACUCUGGUCGUAUCUCUGAAAUUGCUGCUCCUCCUUUACAAGAAAGAAUGGACCAGAUGUUAUCCUUUCCUGACCCACCAUCUUUUCAAAUGUUUGUUACUCCUGGGAACAUUUUGGGAAAGAACUUUAUUUUCAAUAAAGCUUAACCGCCUUCCUCUAUUUUUCGUUCAGUUCUGUCCUGUGAAAUAAAGGUGUCAUAUGAGAUUCUGACGUGGCAUAGUUUAGAUCAGUGGUUCUCAACCUUUUUAUACGGCGACCCCCGGUCACACGGACGCGCCGCACAUGCGCAGCGGCGCCCCCUGAGGGGGAAAAAUGGCGGAUCGCGUUGUUUGGCGACCCCCAUAAAAUGGUCGUUCGACCCCAAAUGGGGUCGCGACCCAUAGGUUGAGAACCGCUGGUUUAGAUUGAUCGAAUUUUGUGAAUUAAAGUUGCACAUCUGUAUUCACAUGCCAUUUCACCUGCUGAAGUGUUAACUUACCUUCCCAAGCAUAUGCACGACUUCUGAAAAUGUAUUUUUCUUUUUUUACUAUUGUACUUUUAUCCAUACCACAGCUCCAGGCUACAAUGCUAAUAUUUUAUCCUGUAUUUUUUCCCCCAAUAAAAACCUAAAUAUA